AUGCAGUCACCGAUUGAAGAAGGGUUUUUCGAUCGGAAGGACACCAAACGACGCGAUACCAUCCAGUUAAGCAGCGGAAUGCGUUAUUUGCGACGACUUCGAUUUCGUGUCUACUACUUCCUUGAUCAUCCAAUGAGUUCAAGAAGCACCUGGUAUCAUUUUGGCGUAUUUAGUUUCGUACUCAUGGCUGUUGUACUUGGAGCAACCAGUUACGCAUGGGACGAUUACUUUUUGAAAGAGGUGCAUCUUUACAUGGAGAGCGUACUGGCCUUAUUUUUUCUUUCUGAAUUUUUUGUACGAAUGUGGAGCGUCUCUGCAGAUGCAAAGUAUGUCGGGUGUAGAGGUCGAUUACGAUACCUUACGCGAUUGGUUUCCGUUGUAGAUAUAAUAAUUAUAGUCGUAACUAUAAUGAUGGUAUAUCUGGAGAAACGUUACGUCUCAGACGGUACCCUAGAUUACUUGAGGCUCGUUCAGAUACUUCGCCUAUUUCACAUCGAUCGACAGAUGUCCACCUGGCGUCUUAUCAAGAACAUGAUUAUGCUGGGCAAAUGGGAAUUACUAGCUGCUUACUAUAUUACUUUCAUAUUAUGUUUACUGAUGGUUAAUCUUAUAUUCAUAAGCGAAAAUGAGGGUUUCACCUGGCAGAUCCCAAAGAAUUCUUCGGAGAUUACCAAGUCAAGCUCAUUUCCAACGCUUGCACAUGCAUGGUGGUUUACCAUUGUGUCAAUACUUACUAUUGGAUACGGCGAUAUCGUCCCUUCACAAUGGACGUCAAGAAUUAUCGUUUGCUUCUUAGGUUUUCUAGCUUACUGCACCUUUGUUGCAGCUUCCACACAAAUAUCAGUAGGAUUGACAUUAAUGAUGGAAGAGGAUAAUAAGAAGGAAUGUCGGAACAAAAUACGAAGCACCGCAGCUUCUGUGAUUCAGUGUUGGUAUCGCUUCCAUUUGGCAAGUGAAGCGGAAAGAAAAAUGACCGAGUAUUUCCGACGUAUAUGUUUUAAACUGUACGUAACUGACAAACGAAUGAACAGAAAUCACCAACUUGCGGCUAAACUGCGCGAGAACGUUGUCAAAAGAAAGAAAAUGCGCAGCACUGUUGUGACGCCUGACUCAUGGAAACAGCAGUUAGGGAUUGGCGUAGCCCAGCAUAUCAUGCAAACAAUCAAUUUUGAAGUCCCCCGCAAUCGGAGGGUUACUGAACUCAAAAGGAACUGGAGUGUCCCAGAGACAGAAUCACAUAAAGAAGUGGAUACCAAUGAGUCUGCAAAGGUAUACCAACGUCGAGGAUCGUCCGAAACUAUCAUAUCAUCAUCAUUUGAUAUUUCCGACAUUGAAACACGCAUCGAUACGAACAACAUGUACGAAGAAGAUCGAUCGGAUUCCAAUACAUCUGAAAUAGACGAUUGGAGGCUGUACAAAUACAAACCACUUCUGCGAUUUUUCAAUUUUCUCCUUUUUCGUGAGUAUACCAAAAAAUUUCGACGCUUACGCAAAGCAGAUCUUCUCUUGGAGCUUGAUGCUGAAAUCAGAGAACAGGAGAAUGUUCGGCAGCAGAAUCUUAGAGAGCUUGAGCUGAGAGUGAAUGCAAUGUUAGGAAGACCGACUACAUCUCCUUUCCAUUCAAAUGAGAGCGAAAAACUGUGCAUGAGCCGAAGGUUGGAUCUGUGCGAGUCAAAAAUGCUUGAAAUGAGGCGCACUAUGGACAAAAUACACAUCCUUGUUCGCGAGCUGGCCAAAAUCCUCGAGGUGCCGACUCACCAGGCUCUUCCGCCUACUCCUCCAGGGCGGAGGGUCAGACAUCAUCGUCGUCACAAUUCUCUUCGAAGACAACACGUGCAAGGGGAAGAAAGUGAUGAGGAUGAAUAA